CCAUCAUAUAUUAAAAUAAGGGUCCGGAGCUUGGCGUCUUGGCGGAGAUCGACAGAAUGGGCCUUGUAGCCGCUCGCUGCAUAGAUUGCGAGGAGGCCAUCAAUCUCCGGAUGAUUAAGAUUAAUAGUGGAGGAGGAAGAAAAAUCAUUGGAGGCUACCCAAUUGGGAUCGGAGGAGCUGCGAUGGUGGGUGGAUUUCGUUCAGUGGAGAUCUUAUCGGAAUAAAUGUCGGGAAAUUAGAAAAGGGGAAGGGAAAAUGACAUGGAGAAUGAGAGAGAAGAGAAUGUUUUAAAGGGAAGGGGAAAUCACAUUUUCUGAGGCGUAUUUUUUUUAAUUUUUAAAAUUGAGAUGCCAUUAAGUUAACGGCUCAGUCAGCACUUCCGUUUGCCACGUCAUCAAAAAUCUGACGGCGUUAAUGGAGUCUGACGGAGGGUGUCUAACGGUGAAACGAAUCGUAAAGUUAGUGGUUAAUAUGAAAGAAAAGUAAUUUGGGUGGCAAACGUGAAAGAUUUAUGUAAUUCGAGUGACCAAUGGUGUAAUUUAGCCAAUGGAGUGCGUGGAAUUUAUGAGAGAGAGUACCCUCCCGUACUUAUGGGUCCAAGUGGGGUGAGAUAGCGCCACAACCCCCUUAGGGGUUGUGAGUUUCGCUUCCCUCUUCCCAGUCUUUCAAUUCACUUCCUUACGAUUUGGCGUUCUAUAAUUAUCAGGGGCAAAAAAGAGAGUGUCGCACUGGAUCCACGCGCCAAUCUCUCCUAUGAUGUCAUCCAGGUUUUGAAAAGGAAAAAGGAUUUACUAGGGAGAGAAAUCAGCCACCUUACCCGCAAAAAAAUUAUUUGUCUGCCCAAAAACCCUUCCCCAUCCAUCGUCUCCCAAAAAACCCAACAACCGUCGUCGAUCAACUUUCUCGACGCUUAUUUUCCUCCAUCAUCACCCCCGUUCGGUUGAGGUCGAAGACUUGGUUGUCCGGUUAAGAGGUAAUUCUGGUCGAUUUCUCCAUUUACUUCUUCUUUUUUGUCGACCCACAUCAUGGCGAUUGUAAUUUCUUUGACAACCAUUCUUCUUCCCUUACUGCCCUUACUACUCGCUUCUGUCUUUUCUCCAGCAUCUCCCCCCUGCUACCCCCCCUCUGUUGACCAUGUUUCUAGGACUAGGCGUUGUCCUGCUUUAAUUUUAGUCCUAACUAGUAUUUUUUUCAUUGCAUCGCCGGACAUCCUUCCGACGUCGUCCCUUCUUGCUUCCGUGCAAGCCAUCGCAGGCAAGGUGUCCUUAAUUGUAGCCUAAUAGUGGUAGUUUAAUUCAAUUGUACAAGUGGUACAAGAUGUAGUGGUAGUUUACUAGGAUGGUAGCACUUGUACUAGUCUUAGUGGUAGUUUGUUUGAACUCCGUUGCAAAUGCUCUUAGCCGCAAGAGUGCAGCCGCGAGCAUCAGCCAAUCCGUGUUUCCUUUAAAGGAGUUGAACGUUGAAGGCCUUGGCCAUGACCCAUAUGCCAAACCAUAGCGGAGUACAAUGAGCAAGGGAAGACUCGAUGGUUUUGGAUGAAGGAUGGGUUCAUAAUGACCAAGAGGGAGCGUGUGUUCUUGCCAAGAUGGGUCAACUUGAGGAAGGAGAUCAUGAAGAAGUGCCAUGAUUCCGAGUGGGCUGGCCAUCCCGGCAUCAAGAGGACGCAAGCGCUCAUCGAAGAAGCAUACUUUUGGCUGCGUAUGAGAGACGACGUGGAGAUGUAUGUGAAGACUUAUCUUGUGUGCCAAGAAGAAAUGAUGGAGCAGAGAAGCCCGACGGGAUUUCUAGAGCCCUUGCCCACACCUCGACGACCAUGGGACAGUGUAAGUAUGGACUUCAUCAUCGGACUUCCCAAAUUCGAUGGAUGCGGUUCCAUCAUGGUUGUGGUGGAAAGGUUCUCGAAGUAUGCAGUGUUCAUCUGUGGGCCAAAAUACAUGACGGCAAAGGAUGUAGCUCGACUAUUCUUCAAGAACGUGGUCAAUAUUGGGGCAUUCCUAGCAACAUCUUGUGCGACAGAGAUGGGCGCUUCACGGGACGAUUUGGGCGAGAGUUGUUCAAGAUCAUGGGCUCCAACUUGAAAUUCUCGAAGACAUUUCAAGCGCAAAGCGACAGACAGACGGAGCGGGUGAAUGGCUUGAUGGAGGUGCACUAGAGGUACUAUGUGAGUGCAAACCAGCGAGAUUGGGUGAAGUUGAUGGACACGACAAAUUUUUCCUACAACUUACACCGUAGCGAGUCGACCAACACGAGUUCAUUCGAGUUGGCGACGGGGAAACAGUCGUUGA